GUGUGCGACCCGCUUGUGCAUCUGUUGUGGUUCAGCUGAAGAAAGAAAAACUCCUGGUGAAGCAACUGGGAUCUAUGUGAAGAUACUGAAGAACAAACAAAGAUGGCGUUUAUUAAAGAGGAGAGUAAAGAAAUGAUGGUUGAAGAAGCGAUCAGUGUGAAACAAGAAGAUGCUGAGACACAAACAGACCUGAUGCAGCUGAAAGAAGAGAGUGAAGAACUUAAUGAACUGAAAGAGCAAUAUCAGUAUGUGAAACAUCAUGAUUUCACAACUGGAGAAAAAUCUUGUAGUUUCUCACAGACCAAAAAGGCCUCCUCACGAAAAAGACCUCAAAAAACAGUUGCUAGAAGUCAUUUCACCUGCCCACAGUGUGAAAUUGUUUUUGAUAAACUCGGAAACCUUAAAGUCCACAUGAGAAUUCACACUGGAGAAAAGCCUUUCACCUGCCAACAAUGUGGAAAAGGUUUUACUCAAAAAGGAAGCCUUAAAAACCACAUAAGACUUCACACUGGAGAGAAGCCGUACACAUGCCCUCAGUGUGAAAAAAGUUUUACCCAUAAAGAAAGCCUUAAAAAUCACUUGAGAAUUCACACUGGAGAGGACCCUUUCACCUGCCAACAGUGUGGAAAAAGUUUCACUCAAAAAGGCAGCCUUAAAAUCCACAUAAGAGUUCAUACUGGAGAGAAGCCUUACACAUGCAAACUGUGUGGAAAGACUUUUACCAAUAAAAAAACCCUUGAUUCCCACAUAAGACUUCACACUGGAGAAAAGCCUUUCUCGUGCCAACAAUGUGGAAAAAGUUUCACUCAAAAAGGAGGCCUUAAAAGCCACAUAAGACUUCACACUGGAGAGAAGCCUUACACGUGCUCUCAGUGUGGAAAAAGUUUCACCCAUAAAGAAAGCCUUAAAAAUCACAUGAGAAUUCACAAUGGAGAGGACCCUUUUACCUGCCAACAAUGUGGAAAAAGUUUCACCUAUAAAGCCAGCCUUAAAAGCCACAUAAGAGUUCACACUGGAGAGAAGCCUUACACCUGCAAAUUGUGUGGAAAGACUUUUACAAAUAAAAAAAACCUUGAUUCCCACAUGAGAAUUCACACGGGAGAGAGGCCUUUCACAUGCAAACUGUGUGGAAAAGGUUUCACUCAAAAAGGAAGCCUUAAAAACCACAUAAGACUUCACACUGGAGAGAAGCCUUACACAUGCAAACUGUGUGGAAAGAGUUUUACACAUAAAUCAAACAUUGAUUGCCACAUGAGAGUUCACACUCGAGAGAAGCCUCACCUGAAACUGUGUCGGAAGAGCUUCUCACAAAAAGGAAAUCUUAUGACAUGA